UAGCUAAGUGCCUGAGGCUGAGGAGCAGAGAGUCAGAGACCGAUAUCUCUAUCUCCGCGUCUCGGUCCUCUUCUUCUUCCCAAUUCCGAAACCUCCCCCAACAGACAGAGAGACCCAAAAUUUCCGAUUGAAACCUCUCUCUCUCUCCUCCACAAAACCAACCCAACCGCUUUUCCUCCCCUUUAACAAUUUUAACAAUCCCCCAAUCCACCAAUCAGUCUCUGCCACCUCACCUCCCUCACCCACCCCCUCCGACGCUAAAAUGCGCCGGGCCAUCGCCGUCGCGCCGUCGUUCCAAGGCAGCUCCUUUCUCUAGGUUUUUUGCUUCUUUAUUUCUUGGCCUUUUUUUUUUUUUUUUUUUUUUUGGGUGUUCGGGGUGGGGUUGAAAAGUCUUAAAUGGGGAUUAGGGUUUGGGGAUUUGGGAUCCUGAUAUUAUUGAUAUGGGGCCGGCUAACGUGCGCCGCGGAGCCGACGUCUUCUCCGACGGAGUCCGCGGCGGAAGCGAUCUUUGGAUUCCGAGAUUCCUAUUGUCCGGCUAACGGCGUUAUCAGAUCCGUCGGUUCUAACGGUGUUAUUGUGGGAGAUGAGGUUUCGUUACAAAGGGCAUUGAAUCUGGUUCACAAGAAUAGUCACGAGUAUGUGGCUGUGCUCUUCUAUGCAUCUUGGUGCCCUUUCUCAAGGAUGUUUAAGCCAACAUUUUCUGUUCUGGCUUCUUUGUAUCCUUCCAUCCCACAUUUUGCAUUUGAAGAAUCAGCCAUCAGGCCAAGUAUACUCUCAAAGUAUGGAGUUCAUGGCUUUCCUACUCUUUUCAUUUUGAAUUCUACCAUGCGAGUUCGAUACCAGGGCGCCCGGACUCCUGGUUCUCUUAUUGCUUUCUAUAGUGAAGUUACUGGCAUCAAGACAGUAUCAUUGGAUCAAUUGUCACUGGAAAAGGCCGGACACCCACCAAAUCAUGAGAAGAAUGAUAGCAAUGAGCAGGAAAGCUGCCCCUUUUCUUGGGCAAGAUCUCCAGAGAAUUUGCUUCGUCAGGAAACAUAUUUGGCUCUUGCCUCUGCUUUUGUAAUUCUGCGUUUGCUCUACAUCUUUUUUCCCACUCUGAUUUCAUUUGCUCAAUCCGCAUGGAGUAGGCAUAUCCGAAACGUAAGAUUCGGGAGCUUGUUUGAGCACCCUGUGGCCUAUCUAAAGCGUGCAGUGCAGUUGUUUAACUCUCUAAAAGAGCCUUGCAAAAGGAGUAAUCUGCAGGAAGGAGCAAUGAACGCCCGGGUCUGGGCUUCCAAGUCGCUCGCCACAGUUUCCAUCGGGGAUGCAAGUACCAGCAGGGGUACUGCAGUGACUGAAACCCGUUGAUUGUUACAGAUUGUGUUGAGCUAGAAGCUUUGGUGUUACAGAUUGUGUUGAGCUAGAAGCUUUGGUGUUCAAAGAUUCAUCUGAACACCCUUGUUCAAGGUGUCUUGCAACAGAGGUUAAUUGUGCCAUUGUAUCUUGUUGCUGUAGCAGUUCAUUCCUUGUUUGUCCAUAUUCCAUAAGCUUUAUAGGUUACACUAUGUUUAACAUUCAAAUUGCUGAAUUUGGAUCGCAAUUUUUGAAUAGGUUUAAUAAUUAGUAAACCUUUCUUGUACC